GUCAUGGCGGUGUCAUUAAAAAACACAGCAAAAGAAAAAAAAAAGGUUAAGCAUCAGCGAGGGCGAAGUUCAACCAUCAUCAGUUCUUCCCCCCAAGCCGCCACCACUUCCCCUUCCUUUUCCACAAAAAAAUCAAAAUCAAUGGAGCCACCGAUGGGCCGAAACAACGAGCAUCAACAGGUGGCGGUGGUCGUGGUGCCGUUCCCGGCGCAGGGCCAUCUAAACCGACUGCUCCACUUCGCCCUCAUCCUCUCCUCUCGCGGCGGCGUCCCCGUGCACUACGCCGCCCCCGCCUCCCACGUCCUACAAGCUACGUCCCGCCUCCACGGCUGGGACCCCAAUUCCCUCCACUCCAUCCAUUUCCACAACCUCCCGCUCCCCCCUUUCCCCAACCCAUCACCCGACCCCGACGCCGCCACCAAAUUCCCCGCCCACCUCCAACCUUUCUUCGAAGCCUACGGCGAAGCGCGCGCCCCUCUCUCCUCUCUGCUACGCACCCUCUCGCCCACGACGCAGCGCCUGGUAAUCGUGCACGAGCCUCUCUCCUCCUUCGCCGCCGAAGAAGCCGCGGGAAUUCCCAACGCCGAGUCCUACUCGUUCCGGUGCAUCCCCGUCUCGUACCAUCUCAGCUGGCACAACGAAGGGAGCCCGGGCAGAGAGUUGCUGCGAGCUCGCGGCGUGGAUUUCCCUCCCCACGACGGAUGCAUGACCGACGAGUUCUGGGCGUUCGUCGGCCGCAGCCGCAGACAGAAUUGGAGCGAGUUGAGCUCCGGGACGCUGUUCAACACGUGCAGGGAGAUCGAGGGUGAGUUCGUCGACGUGCUCGCACGCGAGCCGGAGUAUCUCAACAAGAAACUCUUCACGGUGGGCCCGCUGAAUCCGGUAGCCGUUGGACAGGGCCAACGGCAGCGGCACGACUGCUUAGAGUGGCUCGACAAGCAGCCGCCGGCUUCGGUGCUCUACGUGUCCUUCGGAUCCACCACGACGCUGCCCGACGCCCAGAUCGAGCAGCUGGCGAUCGCGUUACUAAACAGCAAUCAGCGCUUCAUUUGGGUGCUGCGCGACGCCGACCGGGGCGACAUUUUUGCAGAGGGCGGAAAGCCGCGGGAGGGCAGACUGCCGCAGGGUUUCGCUGAAAGAGUAGAGGGAAGAGGAAUUGUGAUAAGGGACUGGGCGCCGCAGCUGGAGAUACUGGCCCACGAGGCAACCGCAGCGUUCGUGAGCCACUGCGGGUGGAACUCGUGCAUGGAGAGCAUAAGCAUGGACGUGCCCCUCGUCGGGUGGCCUAUGCAUUCGGACCAGCCGAGGAACGCGGUGUUCGUGAGCGAGUACCUGAAGGUCGGCGUCGUGGUGAGAGACUGGGCGCGCCGGGAGGAGACCGUGACCGCGGCGGAGAUAGAAGACGCGAUCAAGAAAGUUAUGGUUGAUGAUGGCGCCGAGGAGAUCAGGGGGCGGGCGAAGGCGUUGGGUGAAGCCGUGCGCGACGCCGCGGCCGACGGCGGGUCAUCUAGAGCCGACUUUGAUGCCUUUGUUGCGCAUAUAAGCAGGUGAUUAAUUUUUCAUUGACCCCUGAUCUAAAUUACUACAAAACUUACGGUGACAAAGAUCAGUAGGUGUUUAAUUUACGGCGUGCUCAUAUUAAUUAUUUUUAUAUAGAUUGCAACAACUUUUACACUUUCUUUAGCGUUUUUGUCGACAAUUGUGCAAUGGAAGCUAUCGACGAUGAAUGUUUAUUAUUA